AUGCAGCCGGAUCAGCGGAAGAAGGUGUGCCUCAUCUAUCUCGACCCUCUCUCCGUCCCUUUCCAUUAUUUGAUCUGGGAAAUUAAAGGCUUUCUUUGCCUUCUAAAUUGGGUGGCGUUCGUAUGUGGGUCUUCUAGCUUGUGAAUUGGGCGAUCUUGUUGGAUAAUCGGGAUUCUGUGUCAUGCUUUGCAUCUGCUUUGUUUGCACCGUUCCUUUUCUCUCCCUUCUCUCCUGUCACCUGAGAAGUUUUUUUCCGGAAGUCAAACACCUUCUUGUGUGUUGUAUUUCCUAUCCAAUUGGCACGAUCAGUGAGUUUUUACCUCCUCCGUACACCUUGGCAGACAGAUAGGAAUUUGCUGAAUUCUUUCUCGGCCUAAUUUUUUUUUCUUUGAACCCCCUUCUGCUCCUGCAAAGCGAAUAAUAUAGCCUUUGUAGCAUCCAGGGGCCGUGGGAAGUUUAUCUCAUGCAGUUGUUUUGUGAAAGUUUCGGAUGGUAAUUUUAUCUUUCCUCUAGUCCCUCUCUAAUUGUUCAGCCGAGGAGAGGGAUUCUUGUAAAGUGCUGGCCUAAUAAUCAGAUUCCAUGUACUCGUAGAGUCAUGCUUCAUGAUCGUCGUGUGACUUGAAAGCCGCUAGUCAGUUCUACGGAGUUUUGUUGCUCGAUUGGCUUGGAAUCAUGAUAUCCUAUCCUCGAUGUUCAUUUACACGAUGUGAACAGUUUAUAAGAAAAAUGGCUAAUCAGAUGCAAUUAAGACAAAUUAAGUUUCACGCUGUCGUUCCUCUCUAAUCAUAUGCUAAUAAGCUGACGUAAAAGACGCUAUACAGUGAAACGUGAUUAAAAAUAUUUAACUGUGGUAAACUUUAUGGCAUAUUUUUCCAACUUUUGACCUUCUUUGAGUUAGCUUGAAGCAAUAUUCCAGCUAGUUUAACUACUUGUUUUAUGUGCCUUUUCAUGCUUGCAGAAUACGACGGAAAUGGACUUCUUCACAGAAUACGGAGAUGCUAAUCGGUUCAAAAUUCAGGAAGUCAUAGGCAAAGGAAGCUAUGGGGUCGUAUGCUCAGCCAUUGACACACAUACCGGAGAAAAGGUGGCGAUAAAGAAAAUUCAUGAUAUUUUUGAGCACAUAUCUGAUGCUGUUAGGAUUCUACGUGAGAUAAAGCUUCUCAGGCUACUAAGACAUCCUGACAUUGUGGAAAUUAAGCACAUCAUGCUGCCUCCCUCAAGAAGGGACUUUAAAGAUAUUUAUGUUGUUUUCGAGCUCAUGGAGUCGGAUCUCCAUCAAGUCAUCAAAGCAAAUGAUGACCUAACUAGAGAACACUAUCAGUUCUUUCUUUAUCAGCUGCUCCGUGCACUGAAGUUCAUUCACACAGGUACUGUAUAUAUUUUGGUUGGGCUUUGAAUGACCUUCUUUCCUUCUUGUUUUAUCAACUCGUACACAAGAUGUACGAUUGCAAGCUGUGUAUAAAUGUCAUCCCAGAACUUUCUUUGCUCUUCUAGAGUAAUUUUAUACAUAUCUAUUUUUUUACUAAACCUCUGGAAAGUUUUCUGCUUACGUUUUUGAAUGGACGAUCCCACUUUUUUCGAAUAAUUAAAUGUCAAGGAUGAUGUUAUUUUGUUUUAGUAACUUAAGUUAACUUUCUUUCAAGCCUGAGAAGCCCUUACUAACAUUUUUAAUUGUUGCAUUAUAGAUUGUUUGGUCUACAAGAAUGCCUAGAUAUGAAAUCGAGAUGGUUAAGUUAUUUUCAAUUCUUUGUGAUGUUAAAGUUUCAACCAAACUGUCUAGUUGGAAGCUGAGUUGACUUGAUGUAUUUAUCGUCAAACUUCCAUUUCCUCAUUGUAUCUUUUCACCCUUAGUUUUAGCAUGUCUGGUGGAAUCUUGUUGGAAUUAUUUGAAAAUUGUGCUUUUUCUUCUGAUUUGAGGAAAUGUUUGAUUUGAUUGCAGCCAAUGUUUAUCAUAGAGAUCUGAAGCCAAAGAACAUAUUAGCAAAUGCAAACUGUAAGCUCAAAAUUUGUGACUUUGGAUUGGCAAGAGUUGCGUUUAAUGAUACUCCCACGACAAUAUUCUGGACGGUAUGUCUGGAUGAUGGAUUUCUCGAUUUCUCAUUUGUUUGUGAUUUUUUUCCUAAUGAUUGGUUUGUGCAGGACUAUGUUGCAACAAGAUGGUAUAGAGCACCAGAGUUAUGUGGGUCGUUUUUUUCCAAGGUGUGAAAAUGUUCAUUUGAUUACUUCUAUGUGUUUUCACUUACCACCUCGCAGUGACGUUGUUUAAUUUCUGUUUAGUAUUUUUAGUGCCAUCCAAGACGUAGGAAAUAUAUUUCAGUCAUGCAGAGCAUCUUUACCAAGAAUAAUGCAUUCAUGGUAGUUCUACAUCAGUGGACAUUUACCCAAGAUGUCACAAAAAUCCUUACCAAGAAGUGGCCUAGUAUCUGGUGGAUUUUACCUCUAUUCCAGAUGUAGUACAUAUUGAUAAAUUUGAAACAGAUAUUCCGUAACUUAGUACUCCAAAUACCUCGAAAUCAUUGUGGGUAUUAGUUCUAUUAAGCUCUAUGCCUGAAUGUUUUUCUGAGGAACUAUUCAAUGAAUUUUUGGGAAGUAAAAAUCUAUAAUAAAAAGGAAAAUGCUUGUUCAGGAACUAUGCAUUCUGUUGCAAGCUGAUAUAUUUUAAAAUACAAGUAAUUUCAUUGUAUCUGCAGCCAAAUCAUGGUUGUAUUACCAAUGUAAUAGACGUUUCUGACUGGUAUCGGUUACUGUACUGCAGUAUACUCCUGCCAUUGAUAUUUGGAGCAUUGGUUGCAUUUUUGCUGAAGUAUUGACUGGGAAGCCACUAUUUCCUGGUAAAAAUGUAGUUCAUCAGUUGGAUUUGAUGACAGAUCUUCUCGGUACACCUUCUUUGGACACUAUAUCUCGGGUAUGAUUUUUCUAUCUCUUGGCCUCUUCGUAUGCUAGAGUUUCUUUCGCUGUUUAUAUUUGCCUGCAGAAUAAACCUACUCCUCAAUGUAUGCAUGGUCAUGCACCCAUCUGUUACUGCAUCGUCAUGCUUUCUAUGAUGGUCACAUAGUUCUGUGCACUGCACAGGUCCGAAAUGAGAAAGCUAGAAGAUACCUGAGCAGCAUGAGAAAGAAGCAGCCUGUUCCCUUUGCACAGAAGUUCCCAAAUGCUGACCCAUUAGCGCUCAAGUUGUUGGAGAGGCUUUUGGCUUUUGAUCCGAAGGAUCGACCAACUGCUGAGGAGGUAAAAGUCUCUUAUGAUGCUUAUGAUCAGUAUGGCAUACUGUUAAAACCUAGGAGUUUCCUUGUAUAUAGAUUCAAGUAACAGGGGUUAAAGUUUACUCUCAGAAUUUACUCUGACUGGUGAUAUGGAUUGCAUUGUCUUAACAUUCCUAGUGCAAUGAGAAGCAUGAAGGAUGUAGAAGCUGUUUUUAAUUUGAUUAAUUGAAUUUUUAAUAGGUUUAGUGUGCUAGAAUAGUCCAGGACUCGGAAGAAUUAAUAUCACUUGACAUUAGCAGAGUCAAGGUAUUUAAUGUGGCCUAGUUGAGCAAACAGAUGGUGAUCAUUGCCUUUUUACUGCCUAGGUGACAAGAUAAUGCCUUAAUGACCUCUUGUGCGAGACUUGGUUUUAAAUAAUUUGAACAUUAUUACAAAAGCCUAUGCAAUUAUCAAAAAAGUGACUAAGAAGAUAUGUGUGCCCCUAAAAUACUAUGAUAGCUCAAAAAAUGCUCACAUUGAAUAAUCUCCAUGAGUGAUUUAAAUAGCUAUCAGCAAGGUACAUAACGUUAAUAGAAAAUAACGUCAUAAUCAAUUUUCUUUAGAGAAAAUCUACUACAAACAUAAUUAUAAAAUUUCAAUACAGAAAAUAACGUGGGUGAAAUAGUCGGUACAAAUCAGCACACUGCAUUGCACGAGUAAACAUGGAAAAUCUUAUAAGGAAAGACAAUUUGUUUUAUCGUAUUACCAUUUUGAGAUGUUGUAUAACAUAAAUGAAAAUGCAAAAAAAUGAGUCAGCUAGUUAUAUGAACAAUGAACGUAAAAGCUAAAAAAUGUUCAUCACUAUGCAUCACAUGCCCAACUAAAUGCAUAUGGAAAUGGUGGCCGUUGCAUGCGGGUUUCCUUUGUGCCUGCAAACUGCGUCGACAAGGAUUCAUGUUAUAACCCUUGCUAUAGCUGCUCAGGCGGUUCUUGCAUACUUCAUAUUCGGCUCUGUGGCAAGACCGCCUGGUUCUCUUCUUGGUAAGGUAGAUGACGCCUGGAUAACAAUGGUGUGAAAUGUUCAGAGCAGAGAACUAUUUCUUUUGCUGCAUGUUUAUCACCUCUUCAGUUCCAUAAUGCAAGCAGAAACUCGUGGUUUUCAACAAUUAUCUAAGCUGAUUGAUCAUUCGGAUGAUAUAUUUGCAUACAUGCCCCAUCAGGAUGUAGCGAACAUUCGAAUUACCGGCCAGUGGCUAUAUGAUCUCUGAUGUCCCUGAUUUGGAACCAAUGGAGGAAAUCUUAGUGCAUCUGUAUUAUUGGCUUCCUGGUGGGGUUGCGUGGAUCAGAUGGCCAUUUGCUGAUGCAGAGGUCGUAGUGGUGCUCGUUUUGAGAUAUCAAUCAGUCUCAGGGAUUUAGAAAGGAAUUAUACUCCGUCCGUUUUUACAAUCCGGUUGGGUGUGGCGGUUCCAUCUGAUCAAAUGCAUCUUUUUUCUCUUAUUUAUUUGGGUAUACAUAUAUAUAUAUAUAUCUAUAUUUUGAAGUUGGAUGAGUUGACCAUUUCCCAAUCUCAAUUGGGGUUCUCUCUUUUCAGGCGUUGGCCGAUCCGUACUUCAAGGGGCUGUCCAAAGUGGAACGAGAGCCAUCUUGCCAUCCAAUAUCAAAGAUAGAAUUCGAGUUUGAACGACGGAGGGUGACCAAAGAGGACAUUAGAGAACUCAUUUUCCGAGAAAUAUUGGAAUAUUAUCCUCAGUUGCUCAAAGACUAUAACAGUGGUGCCGAAAGGUCAAACUUCCUGUACCCGAGGUAUCAUCAUCCCAUAUGCGACAUAUGCAGCCACUCUUCCCCUCUUUUUACAUAUCUGUUCAUGUUCUUGUGCCUUUGCUCAUAAGAUCACGUCGCUCCCCUCCUGCCCACCAUGCAGCGCCGUCGAUCAUUUCAGGAAGCAAUUCGCCCAUCUGGAGGAGAACGGCGGAAAGAGUGGUUCUGUGAUUCCCUUCGAGAGGAAGCACGUGUCGCUUCCCAGGUGAUUAUUAUAGCACUGGACCUUGAUCAUCUUAUUCUGCGCUUUGAUCUUUUCCAGCAGUUGUAAGCUCACUUCGCCGCCAUGUACAGAUCCACGGUGGUGCACUCCACCACGAUCCCUCCCAAGGAUCAGUGCCCGCUGCCGUCCUUCAGAGACCGGCAGCAGGCGCCGGAUGAGGCAUGCAAGAACCAGCGAGAUACAGAGUUCCCCCACGGAAAUCUACUGCGGCCCAACCCCCAGACCUCUCAACGCACACUACUCAGUAAACUCCUCCUCCUCUUCCUCCAAUCUCUCUGAGCUUCGAUCGGCAGCCAUGGCGCUAACUUUGGAGCACCUGGUGUGCAGCAGCGAAGCCAGGGAAGGUGGUGGGGCCAGUGGUGCCGGCGUGCGAGAACGGGGGCCCUCACAGGGGGGAGGCCUACGAUCCAAGGAAGUUUGUCAGGAAUUCAGUCCUCCCGCCACAGCCCGCCGCCCCGCCAGCAUACCACCACUUCCGGCGGCCCUCUGUUGGCAAGCCGGAGAGGGAUGGCGAGGCCGAGAGGGACUCGGCGAAGGCAGCGGCACCCCCACAGCAGUGCCUGUCCAUGAAGCUCGCAGCAGAUGUGGCCCUCGACAUGAGGGCCUCCCCGUUCUACAUCUCGCGGGGGGCCGGCAAGGCGGAGGAGGACCGGCUUGCCUCCAUGGACGCAUCUGGUCUGCUGCAGGCCAAUUCCCCCUUCCGAGGCCUCGCCGCCGCUGCUGCCGCCACCCACCGGAAGGUCGGCACCACGCAAUUCGGCAUGUCGAGGAUGUACUAG